ACGCGCGCUCCCGACAACCCCUGGGACGGCGCGCGCGGGCUCGGGUCUCGCUCCCGAAGGGGCAUGUGGGGGCGGGGACCCGGAGCUCGGGUUGCGGUGGCCUGAGGGGCCUGGGCCGCAAGGUUGACGCCGUGGUUGCAGCGGCUGAGGCCAAAGGACCAGCGGUGGCUCGGUCGCCGGAGAAAAAGGUCCCCGCUGCUGUCGCCGCCCGGCCGGUGCCCGGACCUAAACCUCGUGACCAUAGUUCGAAAUGCUUGCCUUACUCCUUUUGCUUCCUUUACUCCUGCCUUUGGAGGAUGCUGAGCUCCAAUAAUCAGAGAAUCACGUGUAACCGUCAGAAGGGUGAAACCAGCUCGGAGAAGUGAUGGGAUUUGCCCCAGGUCUUCACCCAGCAAGCCAGCGCGCUAAGGACCUGGGUGUUGGCAUCUGAAGAUGGUGGUUGUCGCUCUCUUAUAUGAAGGCCAGAAGCCAGGGAGCCCUCAGUGACCACGGAUUGUCUGGACAGCUUCACAGCCCUGUCCCUGCCCAGCUGAGGCAACACCAGCACCAGCUCAAGCACAAGGACAGAGCCCCUGGACUGCCAGUUUCCUUGCCAGGGUGCAGGAGAAAUCCAUCUACUGGGACCUGAGUGUGGCCUGGGGGACAGGCCGUUGGUCCCAGAAUGCCCCUGCCUGAGCCCAGCGAGCAGGAGGGUGACAGUGUAAAGUCUGGCCAGGAGCCGUCCCCUGAGUCCCCUGAGACUGGCAUAGAUGUCGUCCCCGCAGCCCCCACUAAGCCCAAGGAAUUCUCCAACCUGGUCCUGCUAACGGCCUCCACUGAGAACGGGAAUGGCGUGGGCUCCCUGCCCAAAGGAGUGCACUGCAUCAUGUCCCUGGAGAUGUCUGGCCCUGACACCCUGGCUAGAACCCUCCAGAUCCUGCCAACAGAGGAGCAGGGAGGGCCAGUCCAGCCAAGCCCCCAGGCCCUUGAGCAGAAAUGCAGCAAGCCAGACACAGCAGCCCCCAAGCCCCUGGAGUUCCUGAGGACCCCGUUCGGGGGCCGCCUCCUCGUGCUUGAGUCCUUCCUGUACAAGCAGGAGAAGGCUGUGGGGGACAGAGUGUACUGGAAGUGCCGGGAGCACACUGAGCUGGGCUGCCGGGGCCGGGCCAUCACCCGAGGACCUCGGGCCACGGUGAUGCGGGGCCAUUGUCACUCCCCUGAUGAGGAGGGCCUGGAGGCACGGCGCCAGAGACAGAAGCUGCCCAGUCCAGCCCUCCCGGAAGGCUUGGGGGAUCCUGAGGUCCUCAGAGGUCAGUUGGAGGAGCCAUUCAAGGGGGUAGGCCCAUGGCUGUGCCCUGAGGAGCCAGAGCCUGCCCCUGGGCUGGUGCUGAGCAAGCCAGCCCCGGAGGAGGAGGAGGGGCUGCGAGCCCUGUCAGUACUGAGCUUGCCCCCAAAGAAACGCCCAACACUGCUGACUGGAGAGCGCCCGUCUUUGGAGUUCCUGAGGACCUGUUACGGGGGCAGCUUCCUUGUGCACAAGUCGUUCCUAUACAAGCGAGAGAAGGCUGUGGGAGACAAAGUGUACUGGACAUGCCGGGACCAUGCACAUCAUGGCUGCCGCAGCCGGGCCAUCACCCAGGGCCAGAGAGUCACCGUGAUGCGUGGCCACUGCCACCCACCCGACAUGGAGGGCCUGCAGGCCCGGCGGCAGCAGGAGAAGGCCACAAAAACACUGCAGGCCAAGCGGGGUGGCCCCGGGGGCCAAGUGGAUAAGCUGCUCCAAGGUGUGGACAGCCUGCUGUACCGCAGGGGGCCUGGCACCCUGACUCUCACCAGGCCCCAUCCCAGAAAGCACACAAAGCCCCAGGCCCUGCAGGGAUCUCCAACUGGGGACCAGGAAGAGGGCCUGGGAGGCCCUGAGUUCUUGAAGACACCUCUAGGGGGCAGCUUCCUGGUGCAUGAGUCCUUCCUCUACAGACGGGAGAAGGCCGCUGGCGAGAAGGUGUACUGGACAUGCCGGGACCAGGCCCGCAUGGGCUGCCGCAGCAGGGCCAUUACCCAGGGCCAGCGAGUGACUGUGAUGCGAGGCCACUGCCACCCACCUGACCUGGUGGGCCUGGAGGCGCUGAGGCAGCGGGAGAACUGCCCUGGUGUGGCCCAGAGGGGGAGUUCAGGAGGCCCUGAGUUCCUGAGGACCCCUCUGGGGGGCAGCUUCCUGGUGCAUGAGUCCUUCCUGUACAGGCGGGAGAAGGCUGCUGGCGAGAAGGUGUACUGGACAUGCCGAGACCAGGCCCGCAUGGGCUGCCGCAGCAGGGCCAUCACCCAGGGCCAGCGGGUGAUGGUAAUGCGCAGACAUUGCCACCCGCCGGACCUGGGGGGCCUGGAGGCCCUGAGGCAGCGCGAGCAGUUCCCCAGCCCAGCCCAGAGGGAAGGUUCAGGAGCCCUCCAGCCUCUGGAGUUCCUGAGGACUUCCCUCGGGGGGAGGUUCCUGGUGUAUGAGUCCUUCCUCUACAGGAAGGAGAAGGCUGCCGGUGAGAAGGUGUACUGGAUGUGCCGGGACCAGGCGCGGCUGGGCUGCCGCAGCCGGGCCAUUACCCAGGGCCAGCAGGUGACUGUGAUGCGAGGCCACUGUCACAUGCCUGAUCUGGUGGGCCUGGAGGCGCUGAGGCAGCGUGACCGGCUUCCUAAUGCAGCCCAGCAGGAGGAUCCAGAAAAGAUAAAGCUUCUGCCUACAGUUCAACUGUGCUUCAAGACUUGUUCUCCUGAAAGCCAGCAGAUUAAUGGAAAAGUCAAAGGUAUAAAACCUGACGGUGAGACUCAGUGAGGCCAAUCUCCUUGCCGACUCUAAUAGAAGAACUUCAUGUGUCACCAGCAUCAAGAAUGCUCCAUGUCUACAAGGGACCCCAGCAUUUCCCACCAAGUUAACUGCUGCUGGAUAAAAGCUCUUCUUCACUCUUUCAAAGCAUCAGCAGCCUUCACAUUUUCUCAAGAGGCCUCCCAGGAGGAAUACUCUGGGUGUCUUCAUGCAGGCAAGGAAGAGUGCCGGGAGCGGGCAGCUUGCAGGUGUGCGUGAUGUGGGGAAAGCCUGACCUGCAAAAGAUCUGAAGAAGCAUCUUUUGACAAUGUCACUCUUCCCUGUUCUGACGCCCCAAGCCACAAACACCUAUCUGUUUUCAGAGCACGACGCUUUGCCAAGGACUUUCCAGUUGGGUGUGGCCCUGCUUGGGCCAGGGCACGUUUGGGGAACUUCCCGAUUUUUGGAGCUGAGCUGAGCUGCCCUGCCUAGCUCCAGCCACUCAGGUGUUUUCUGGACAGGUGCCAUGUGAGCCUUUGUGCCCCUCGGCUGUCUGCUGCUAGGGCACAGCCAUUCCUCACGGUAACAGAGCAAGCUAAACCAGAGGCCCCAUUACACACUGUCAGACUUUCUUUCCCUCACUCUUUUCUAACUUAAGUCCAGUGGCCAUGAUCACCAUGGUAGGUGUGGUUCCUGGCAGUGGGAGCAAGCCUGAAUGUCCACAGGAAGCCAGCAUUGGGCAGACUCUAUCUGGCUGAGGCCAGCAGGGUCCUGGGUCACCACAUUUAGCUGAUGCAGGAGAGGCAGACCUGGAUGGCGGCAGAGGUGCAUCUCUUCCUCCAGUCUGGUAACAAGCAGAGAGCUGGCUUAGUAGGUCCAGGAGAAGCAGGCUGAUGUGCCCUGGAACUCCAGAGGCUGCUGCUUGCUAACAAGGACUCAUCUUCGACAGCGAGGCUCCUUACCCUCAUCCUAAAAUUGCAGAGGGAGCACAAAUGGCAGGCUCUUUCUCUCCUAGCAAGCUGGCCUUGGAGCCUGCCAUCCAGCUAUGGGACAGUGACAUCUUGGGUCCCCCCACUGUCCCUCUGCUUAUUCAUUUCCCUCAAUAAACCUUAUUUUAUAUUUCACCAUGUAGAGCGAGCUGGUGUACGUGUCCACAUCCCCUUUGCAGCAACAGCUGGCCAUCAUGAAGCCACACACUCCACGUCUCAGUGGCAUAUGGUCGGAAAACAGUUUGGCUAGAACCUCACACAGGCCCGAGGUGCCUGGUAAGAAGCACUGAGCCACAACCCUUGCCACCUGUAGAGCCUGCACUGUCUGCCCAUUCUGCAGCCUCCCCAGUGGGGCCUGCAGGCCCACAACUUCCCUAGUCCGAAGCCCCACGGCUGUCACCUCCGCUGGGCUCUAGGCACCCAGAAGUUGGGGUGCAGUGUGAGAAGAAUCAAAAGAGGAUGCAGGCUUCUGUUUUCUCCUGGACGUUCAUGUUUAUUGGGCCAGUACACUCUUCCUCUUCUCUCCUGCUUUGACCUUAGAGGACAGAUGGAUAGUCCAUGCUGCUUGGACUGAGGAUGCCAGAUAGACAUAAAUUUGGACAUUGCCAUUGCCUUGGGUGACCUCAUGGCCACUCAACCACUGAACUCCAGAAGUGUCUUCUAAGUCCACUUCCUGAACGGUUCCAGAGCCACAGAGAUGUCCCUUGCCCCAUCACUGACAGAGAGUAAAGUGCUCAGGGCGGAUCCCUCUCUUGGAAGCUGGGGUCCCCUCUGUGGACAGUGACAUCUCAGAGAGGUUGUGCUUUCCUUCCCUUCUCUCAUUCUGCUGCUAGUUUUUCCCAAUAAACCUU